AUGCCACCAAGAUCAAGGUACGCUGUCGAUCCAAGUCUGAUUGGAGGACCUCAACAGCCCCAGGGUCAAAACUCAGGCUACCAACGGCAGCAAUGGCAAGGGCAGUCGACUUCCCCUCAACCUGACUACUAUCAACAGCAGCAGCAGCAUCAACAAGGUCAAGGGUAUGAUCCAAACUAUGUCCCUCAAUUACAUCAUGUGUCAGAUCGACCUGCACCACUCCCAACAGGUGAAUAUGCCCCAGCCCAUGCUCCUGGACCUGCUCAAUCCUCAUCUUACCAACAUCAACCUCAACAACCUCAAUAUCAAGUACCCGUCCCUCAACAGCCUCUCAAUCAUAUACCACCACCACCUCAUUCCAGUGGACCUACUUUGACUGGACCGAGAGUAAGGAUUGAUCCAAGUCAAGUGCCCAACCCUGUCGAAGCGCAGGAAUUGGAUCAGAAUCUGUACGACGAUGAGGAUUUCUUCACUUGUCAGACUAGGGGGUUGGUACCGCUUGUAGGGACGGAUUACAGAGGGAUAGAUCAGGGUAACUCACUUCCUCGUCAUCUCCGGGCAACUUUACCAGUCAUCCCCUCAACAUCCCAGUUAUUAGAUACUACCGCAUUACCCUUUGGGUUGAUCAUCCAACCGUUCGCUCAAUUACGAUAUGACGAGAAUCCAAUCCCGACCGUAUCCAAUUGGAUAUCAGAGGAAGAUGGUCCACCAAGAUGCGAGAAAUGUAGAGCGUAUAUCAAUCCAUGGUGUAAAUUUGUGGAUGGAGGGAGGAAAUGGAAUUGUAAUCUGUGUGGGGUGAAUAAUAUUGUCUCACCAACCUACUUCUGCCACCUAUCUCCCUCAGGCCAACGACUCGACCACUCUGAACGACCCGAACUCCAAUUCGGUACAUGCGACUACGUCGUCGGACGAUCAUACUGGGCAUUACAGCCUCCGCCAAGUGGAUCUCUCAUGGACGUAGCGGUGGAUGCAGGUAACUCAGCAAGCGAUGCGAUCACCUCUACAGCACACGAUUUACUGGGUGGUCUGCAAGCUUCCUUAGGACAAGAGCAGACAGCAUCGUCAAGUACGAAUUAUAGAGAAAAGGAAAAGGAACGUAAGAGGGAAUUAGCCAAAUACAGAAGACCACAAGGAUUAGCUAGAGUUUUUGUAAUUGACGUAUCGAAGCCUUCUGCCGAGAGGGGGAUAGUAAGAGAGGUCUGUGAGGGUAUUAGAAAAGCUCUGUAUGGUGAGAAGAAAGAUGCAGAGAACGGAGAUGAAGAUGAGAAUGAAGUGAAGAUUGGGAAAGGAGAGCGGAUCGGGAUUGUCAGUUGUGCGGAGAAUGUUGGAUUUUGGAAUUUAUCCUCAUCCCUCUCUAGCCCUUCUCAGAUGAUUGUAUCCGACCUAGACGAUAUGUUCAUACCAUUUACCACUGGAUUCUUGGUUGACCCGAUCGAAUCAAGAACCCAGAUCGAAGCUGUCUUGGAUCUCUUACCUACGAUAGCGGAACGAGGAGGUGAAGGGAAUAGGGUAGCAGCUGGUUCGGCUGUCAAAGGUGCUUUGGCUGGCUUGCGAAUGCAAGGUGGACAAAUCAACCUCUUCCUCUCUGGCCUCGUCACCCACGGAGCGGGUGCCCUCACCUCCCGUGAAGAUCCCACAAUCUAUAACACAGAUAAAGAGAAAUCUCUCUUCUCGCCAUCCAACUCAUUCUGGCGGGACCUCUCCGAAGAACUGGCAGAAUGUGGCGUGGGAAUCAACACAUUCAUUUUCCCGGACGUAUACUGCGAUGUAGCUUCGAUAGGAGCGUUGUCGGCUGUGACAGGAGGAGAAGUAUUCUUCCAUCCUAAAUUCCAACCUGUUCGAGAUCGAAAUUUACUCCAUCAAGAGAUUCAAUCGACCAUCACCCGUGAGACGGUUUAUAACGUUACGGUCAGAAUUAGAUGUUCCAAUGGUUUAAGAGUAUCAGAUCACCUAGGUAAUUUCUACCAGAGGAGUAUGACAGAUUUGGAAUUUGCUACGUUAGAUAGUGGCAAGUCGUUCGUUGGAGUGAUGAAGCAUGAAGGAUCAAGAUUAGAUGAUAGACAACCUGCCUAUGUACAAGUGGCGAUACUGUAUACGACAAGUCAGGGAGAAAGGAAAGUCAGAUUGUUGAAUAUGAAUUUCAGCGUGACGAGCUUGAUUGGCAAUGUAUUUAAGUUUGCGGAUCAGGAAGCUGGAGUGGGGGUUUUGUUAAAAGGAGCCGUCUCGCAAAUGCCUGCUCGAAGUCUGAGGGACAUCAAGAAAGCCCUGACUGAACGAUGUAACAGGGUGUUGUUGAUGUAUAGAAAACAUUGUGCACCGGCUGUUCAACAGGGUCAGCUGAUUUUACCGGAGGGAUUCAAGUUGCUGCCGCUUUAUACACUGUGCAUGUUGAAAUCGAAGCCUUUGAAAGGAGGAAACGUCACCUCCGAUGUCCGAGUACAUUACAUGCGACAAUUCAAAUCACUCUCUGCGACUCGAACCAUCAAUCUACUCUACCCCAAGUUACUCGCGAUACAUGAUUUGAAUGAGAGUGUAGGGUUCCCUGAUGAUAGGGGUAAAUUGGUUCUGCCGACAUUUAUGAGAGCUAGUUACGGAUGGAUGGUUGCUGAGGGGGCAUACCUUUUGAGUAAUGGAGAAGUAGCAAUGUUAUGGUUUGGCUCAGCGGUAAAUCCACAGAUCAUAGAUGACUUAUAUGGUGUAGAUAAUUUACAAGAUUUAGACGUGAGAAUGACCCAAUUACCUAAACUACCUACAUUGCUUUCCACCCAACUCCGAAAUAUCCUUACCCACCUUGAAAGGAUAUUAGAUCAUACUUUAUCUGUUGUUAUAGUAAGACAGAAUAUGGAUGGAAUGGAAAUCGAAUUUGCCAAUCAACUUGUGGAGGAUAGUAAUAAUGAUGCGUUGAGCUAUACGGAUUACUUGAUGACGGCACAUAAAUCCAUAACGAACGAGUUAUCUGGGAAUGGCGGUAAAUCAGAUAGUUGGAAACCAUGGUGA